CUCUCUCCCUUCAUUAGACCAACUCUCUCUCUCUCUCUCUCAAAAGACCCUCAAAUUAUUAUGUCCUCUUCUUCCCAGAAAGCAAUGGACCUCUCAACACUACAUCCUUCCUACUGGGCUUCACUCCUUUCCUCUCCCUUUCUCUUUCCUUAUCACUCCAUCCCCGAAAACUACAUCCACUGGACCGAAACCCCGGAGUCUCACAUCUACUCGCGUGAAAUCCUGUGUUUGGUUGGUGUGUCAGGUGUUAGGAAAGAGGAGAUAAGAGUAGAAAUGGAGGACUCAAUUUACCUCGUGAUCCGAACCGAGUCGGCGACCGGUGAGUCCACGGAGCCCGCGAAGAGCUUCAUGAGGAAAUUCCGGCUGCCUGGUGCGGUGGAUGUCAAUGGGAUCUCGGCUGGGUAUGAAAAUGGUGUGCUGACUGUUACAGUGCCAAGGUCUUUUGUGAGGAGGGGAUUCUUUAUUGAACCAGCCGACUUGCCUCAGCGCCUAGAACUUCUGGCUAGGGCUGCUUGAAAAUUUUGGAAAAUCCAAGUCCUCGUCUGGUGAUUUUUUUUUUAAAUUUUUUUUCUUUUCCAGUUGGUAUUCUAGAAUCAGUUUUUUUUUCUUUUUAUCAUUCCAUUUUAGAUUGGUCUUGAUGUGAUGUGUGGUUUUAGAACGAAUUCAGAUUUUUUUUCAA